CCUUCCUGGCUUUUUGACCUUUCAGAAAAAUAGAGAUAGAGGGAGUGGGGAAGUGGGUGAGAUUCUGCCCUCUUGACUCCUGUUUUUCUCCAUUCUCCAAAGCAAAUAAAGACUUUUUCUCAAAAGAAAAACCAAAAGAAAUCAUCACCCCUCACCCGAUCCCCUUUUUAGGUAAUUAAAAAAACCGAAUUUCGUUUUAACUUAAAUUCCCCCCCGUUUUGUCCGUUCCCUGUUCCUGGAUUCCACUCCCUACCGGGCUACCCCGCUCUCUCUCUCUCUUCCCCUGCCUCUGUUUUUCUUUCUUUAAUGAUUUUCUCUGCUCUGCUUUUCACGGUCGCCCCUGGAAGCGAGCAAAACGGGAGAGGAACUUCACGCCAAAGCUUCGACAUUUGCGGGCGUCGCCGCUUCAGAUUCGCUCAGAUGCUGCUGCUGCUGAUGGGUCUGUGAAAAGGAAGCAUUCCCCUCAGGUUGGUUGCAGAUCGAGAUUUUUCCCGAGCAAGAAACAGGAAAACAACAAGAGAAAUGGCUGCUGAGAAGACCAGCUCCAAAGGCCAAGCAUGGUUCUGCACCACUGGGUUGCCCAGCGACAUUGUGGUCGAAGUCGAUGACAUGACGUUCCAUCUGCACAAGUUCCCGCUGAUGUCGAAAAGCAGAAAGCUCCACCAGCUGAUUACAGAGCAGGAGGCGAAUGUCCAGGCCUCGGAGGCCUCGGACCCCCGCGAGGAAGGCGGCGGCGGCGGUGGCGGCGGCGGCGAUGGUGGGGACGAGAUUGAGGAGGUCCACUGCCACAUAGCGCUGCAGGGCUUCCCCGGCGGGUCCGAGACGUUCGAGAUGGCGGCCAAGUUCUGCUACGGCGUCAAGAUCGACCUCUCCGCCCUCAACGUCGCGCCCCUCCGGUGCGCCGGCGAGUUCCUCGAGAUGACCGAGGGCUACUCCGAGGACAACCUCAUCUCCAGGACGGAGAAGUUCCUGUCCCAGUCCGUGCUCAAGAGCUUGAAGGACUCGAUCCGGGCGCUGCGGUCGUGCGAGCGGGUGACGCCGCUGGCGGAGUCGCUGGAGAUCCCCCAGCGGUGCGUCGAGGCCGUCGUCGCCAAGGCCGCCUCCGCCGAUCCCUCCCUGUUCGGCUGGCCCGUCGGCGACGGAGCCGCCCACCCGGGCCGCGGCGGCGGCGGCGGCGCGGCGAGUCAGAUACUGUGGAACGGGAUCGAGACGAAGGGGAGGAAGAGGGAGUCGAGAGGGAGCAAUGUGGAGUCGUGGCUGGAGGAUCUGUCGCUGCUGAGCUUGCCCCUGUUCAGGCGCUUGAUCUCCGCCAUGAGAGACGCCGAUUUGAGCUCCGAAAUCGUCGAGACCUGCUUGAUACACUACGCCAAGCGAUACAUCCCGGGCGUCUCGCGAUCCAGCCGGAAGCCGCCGCUGCCGUCGUCGUCGUCGUCCUCUUCCUCGGUCCCUUCGGAGAGCGAACAGAGAGAGCUCCUGGAGACGAUAAUCGCGAACCUGCCGCCGGGGAAGACGGCCUCGCGGUCCUCGGCGGCGGCGACGACGACGACGAGAUUCCUCUUCGGCCUCCUGCGGACGGCGAUCAUCCUCAACGCGUCGGAGGAUUGCCGGGCGUCGCUGGAGAGGAAGGUCGGCCUGCAGCUCGAGGAAGCCACGCUCGACGACCUCCUGAUCCCGAGCUAUUCCUACCUCAACGAGACUCUCUACGACGUGGACUGCGUCGAGAGGAUCCUCGGCCACUUCCUGGACGCCGCCGGAGUCGAUGGCCGCCUCGAGAGGUCGCCAAUUCUGAUGCUGGUCGGGAAGCUGAUCGACGGGUACCUCUCGGAGAUCGCCUCCGAUGCGAACCUGAAGCCGGAGAAGUUCUACAGCUUCGCGAUCUCGCUCCCCGAGCAGGCCAGGCUCUUCGACGACGGCCUUUACCGCGCCAUCGAUGUUUAUCUCAAGGCGCAUCCGUGGAUACCCGAGGCGGAGCGGGAGAAGAUCUGCGGCCUGAUGGAUUGCCAGAAGCUAACGCUUGAGGCGUGCACGCACGCCGCGCAGAACGAGCGGUUGCCGCUGCGUGUGGUGGUGCAGGUGUUGUUCUUCGAGCAGCUCCAGCUCCGCCACGCGAUCGCCGGGACGCUGCUCGCGGCGGAGACGGGGGCGGUGAUGGAGCCAGGCCGGCAGUCGGCUUCGAGACGCGGCGACGAAGACGAUGACGAAGAUGAAGAAGAGGAUGCGGAGGUGGUGGAGCAGGAGUCAGAGGGAGAGGAAGCCGUGGCGGCGGCAGCGACGGCGGUGGGACAGGGGAGUGUGAGCGCGACGUGGAGGGCGGCGGUGAGGGAGAACCAGGUACUGAGGCUGGACAUGGACAGCAUGCGGACGAGGGUCCACCAGCUGGAGAGGGAGUGCUCGACGAUGAAGAAGGCGAUUGAGAAGAUCGACGGCAGUGACGAUGGCGGCGGCGGCCGUGCCAACGGAGGGUGGAAAGGGUCGUUGACGAGGAAGUUCGGGUGCAAGUUCAAGACCCAGGUGUGCGACUCGCACGAGCCGACGGUGGUCGAUACGAGGAAGGGGAGGCACCGGAAUCGCCAUUGACGGCGGACCUCCUCCGUGCCGGGUCCGAACCUCCCCCGAGCGGCGUCGUAGUAGUCCGAUCAUCAUGUAUGUUGCAUCUUUAGGGCAUGGAGAAAUUGCGACGCGCAUCAAAGUUCAUGUGAGGUUAAACGCCGAUUUGGUUCGACGGAAUUUGUAUGUCAAUUCGACGGAAUUUGUAUGUCAAUUCGUUCUUUCGGAAUGCCAAAUAAUUCGAGGUGAGCAAAACGAAAAAUUAAAAGUC